AUGAAUUUUAAUUAACAAUAACGAUUUCAUAAGAAACCAUUUUCUCAUUAUGAUCUCAAUACUGAUAGACCUUCUAAGAUGUCGUCUGUUAUGAAAUCAUCUGAGAUUAUUUUAAACAUUAAAGAGAAUUAAGAUCCAAUUCAAUACCAGAAUAGUUCAAUAAUUAAGGAAAUUUAGGAUAUAGAAAAAAUGUACUAAGAAAAAAUUGAUUCUUUAAAAAAAUUAAAUGCAAAAUUAAUGUCAACAAUUGAAUUUAUGGAAAAAACACUUGAAUAAUAGAAGAGUAUGCUUUUCGAAAAAUAAUAAAUUGUAUUUAAUAAUUAUAUAUAAAAAGAUAAUGAAACAACAGAAUGAAAUUAGUUCAUAUCGUUCAAUGCUUUCUCAAAACACUUAAGUUAAUAUUAAAAAUUUAAAAACUGAGAUUGAGGAUGAAAAAAUUAAAACUGAAAGAUUACAUUAUGAACUCAAAGAUUUCAAAUAUAAGCUUGAAAAAGAAAAACCAUUAGUACAUUUGUUCAAAAAAAUUGAAUAAACUUAAGAAGAAUAUAAUUAAUAAAAUAAAAUAUUUAUGAGAGAAGUACUUCAGUUAUUAGACAAACCUCGAAGUCAAUCAUUCUAUCGUUAACCCUCUAAAUAACAUGUAAAGAAAUCCUCGUUUUAUAAUUGA